AUGAACACGGACGAUCUUGAGGAUACACAUCUGUGUAUCAAGUGCAAUGCCACCAUUCUUGGGCUCACGAAAUACAUUGAGCACCGGAAAAGGAACUGCCUGAUGCCAGAGAAGCAAAUUGUGACGCCAACAACAGAUGGACCAGCAACAACAUCCAACCCCACUCAAGUAUCUCCGACCAGUAACUUGAGUCACACCUACGAUGGCUUCCACUUCACGGAACCGGAGGCUCCAAGUAGCUAUCUCCGUAAGACUGCAGCUAGUCAUGGGGGGAAAACCUCUAAAUCGCUGGCGGAAGUCUAUGACCUGCCAUACGAACUUGGAGCUGAUCUGUUUUUCUCCUCGCUACAACUGCAGAGCGUCUCCACGGGCGGAAAAACAGGAUCGGUGGCUCGUCAGGAGAGGAGCAAAGAUGAGUCCUGGCCAGCGCCCAGUGGAGACCCCUUACUGAAAGCUGUCAGGGAGCAUGAUGAGGCGGUGUUCAAGCCCCUCAACUUUGAUCAUGAUUCUCCAGAAGCCAGUGAAGAAGAGGAGGAUGACGAGGAACACGAUGAUUUUGAUGCGGAUGACGAUGAAGAGGAGUAUGAAGUGAGGCGUCAUUCACCCCCCACUGUGCCCGCCACCCACACAGGUGGUAAGUGGAAGCCGGAACACCGUCCGCAACUGCGACAUCCACACAUAGAACGCAUCUCGCCCAGCUGGGAUGAGCCACCCGAAGAGACAUACGCCCACCCUCCAGCAGAUCAUACGAAGGGCAAAUGGGUGCCAGGCAGCAAACAAUUGGAGUAUCGCGAAAAUAUAGAUCUCACCAGGCUGGAGCAGCCGACUGCGAGCUUUUGGUGCAACAUCUGCUGUAGAAGGCUGAAAAGCCGCACGAACUACGAGCAGCAUUUGCGGAGUGGCUACCACGUUAAAAGAGCCGACGCAGAGUGCCAACUAGAGCAGGCUACUCUGGGCAGGGAACUGACCCUGGGCAAGGAUUUCGCAGUGGAAGCUAACAAGGACAAGCAAGAACCGAAGCCACCAAAACGACACAGAAGGGCCAAUCUCCUGCGAUGCGAUCUCUGCCGUCACACGAUGGCCAGGCAUUUGAUGGGCAAGCAUUUGAUCUCCCAUUACCACUACAGAAGACUGCAGCAGCAGAGUCGGCUGAGGAGGAAGACUUGCCUGCAGGACAUACUCAACCACAUGGGCAGCAUAGUGAGGCAAUCUCCUUUCCAAUGCCUGCCCUGCAGAUUCUACGCCAACUCUGAGGAGACCUUUCUCCACCACUGGCAAUCAGAGGAUCACUUGAAACUCACGCAAAAACUGGGCGGAACAUUCUGGUGUGGCUUUUGUCAGUUUGAGUGCACCACCAAUGAUUCCAUGUGGCUUCAUUUGUUGCAUCCCUCUCAUAAGGAAGUGCAAAUGGCCCUCAACAGAUCAGUUCCCAUAUGCAUAGCCCAAAGAAGACGCCUCCAGUGCUCCAGUUGCGGAACGGGCUUUUUGUACAACUUUCAACUUCGUCGGCACUUCAGCUCGGAACACCCCGGACUUCCCCCUACAGGCACCGCAGCCGAUGAAUAUCAGAGUAGGUUUCGGUGUGGCUUGUGCGGGGCUCCACAGAAAUCCCGCCUGGCUCUCCAGCGUCAUGAAAAGCACAAACACCUCUUGGCGAGGUACUACUGUGCCAUCUGUCGACUGGAAUUCGAUACACCCUUGGAUGCGCGACGGCACCGAAGCUUGAUGCAACACAAGCUGAAGGCCAGGCCCAAAGUGUCAGUCUCACAGCCGGAAAAAGAAAUAGAACAUAUGCUAAGGGAAGUCCUGCAGGAGCCACCACUUAACCCUCCCGCAAAAAGGAGUACACUUAACAAAGCAAAAUGUUCGAACUGCCGGCAAGUGUUUGACUCACCUCAGAGUUUGGCCCAACAUCGAGCUGAAGUUCAUCCGGCAGACAACCAUUUGUGUUUGAGCUGUGGAACAAGCUUUCAGUCUGCUCAGGCACUCGGCAGGCACACCCGCAGCUGUCAGCCGCUGGCCAGCACCUCAUCAUCCGCCAAUCCCUCUUUGGCCCAAAGGAAACCCAUCUUUUCUUGUGACCAGUGUAGCUUCCAAUCUCAGUAUGAGUCCGAUCUGGUCUAUCACCGCAUUUUUCACUCACGAUCUGGAACCAUUGGUAGGAACGAGCUGCUUCAGUGCCCCCUGUGCCCCAAGAAUUUUAAGAAGCACUCCCUCAGAGCUCAUCUGAGAAACCACACAGAUGAAAAAAUAUUUGAGUGCACAGAGUGCCUGCAGAAGUUUGCCAGAAGCCACAACCUUAAGAACCACAUUGCCAACAUGCAUGCCAAAAAGGAGGAUCAGGACAAGGAUAAGCCCGCAACGAAAAGAGCUGCCGAUCAAUCCAAACCCAAGUACCAGUGUGGAACCUGUGGAAAAAUUCUGGCGAAAAAGUACUCCCUAAAGCUGCACGAGCUCAGUCACACGAAGUCACUGGAGCGACGUUAUCACUGCCAUUUUGCGGACUGUUCAUAUGCAGGUCUGACCCCGGAAAGUCUCAAAACUCACCUGGUAUCCCAUGCCCAGGGCACCCACAAGUGUAAGCGGGACAGCUGCAACUAUGUGGGAAAGAGUGAGCUGCACCUGAAAAGGCACAUGAAGUCGGCACAUCCUGGGGAGGAGAGUGGCGCGGAGUGGUUCUCCUGCGACCAGUGCGAGUUCAGGGCCCGCAUCAAGGGCCAUCUUCGCCGGCACUCGCUGCGGCACUCGGGCCAGAAGCCCCAUCAGUGCCCCCACUGCGAUUUCCAGUGCAGCACCAUCGACAACCUGCGCAAGCACAUCAUCAAGACGGGCAAGCAUCCCGGCAAGUUCAUCUACGAGUGCGGAAAGUGCUCCGAUCAAACAGCCAUCGAUAUCUUCAAGAGCAACAGUUUCAAGGAGUACCAGAAGCACAUGCAAACUCACAAAGCGGACUGAGGGAGAAACUAAAGUUGGUAAAAACGGUAACUUAUACUGGAUUGGAAGAUUGCUUUUAGCCCAACGAAUGCUGAUUUUUACCUAUUUGGCCCAACACUGUUGGCUUGCUUACGAAUACAAAUCAUGAAAAAAUAUGGCCAAAU